CAGCAGUUAUCAUAAACUCCAACUUCAUACUUUCUACGUAUAUUCAGACACGCUUCUACAAUAUUGCCCCCUCAUAUCAUCAUGGCGGCAUCACUGAAUGCUUCAGUCACGUCUCUCCAAUCCUCUCUACAACUUCUCGACUCAUCUAUCUCCACUCUUGAGUCUGGCGUUAGUGACUUUCCCCGACUGUGUAAGGUCUUGCAAACAACCCGACACUUUGAACUUCUCCCCGAGCCUACGCUCCGCGAAGCACAACAAUCACUACUCGAUGAGAUCACUCCCAGCAUCGGACACUUGCUAUCAUUAGCGUCAAACCACGUUGAAAAACUCUCUCGUCGCGAACAAGCUCUCCGAGCAAAAGCUGAGCUGCAGGAAGGCAGAAUGUACUCCAGCGAGAGUCGCCAAACCUCAAGCCGUAGCCAGAAUGCCUAUGGUGAUCGACAAAAGGCGAAUGCUGCAAAAGCGGCAGAGUUCAGGCGGUUGGUACAGAAGAAGGAACGGCUGAAGUACGCCGUUGAGAGACUGGAGUUGCAGAGUAAACAGCGCGAACGUCAGUUGAGAAAGAGCAUGGCUGCCCAAUAAGUCUGCACCGACGGAGUGAAAACUAUAGCAACAGUGCAAAAUGGUUGCAACUACGUCAUCCCUGUUAUUCAAAACACCUGCCAUUAUAUACGGUGAAACUACCAGAGCUCGACAACUCGGCCCCAAAGGAAGGAGGUCGCCAUCAUCUCCAAGCAGCGCUGAGACCGUAUCUUUAAAAUAUGUCUACUCUUUGCAUCAGUACCCACGGUGCAUAGUGCUCGACAUAUGCGCUACGAAUGCAUAAAGCCGAGGAUUGGCGAUGCGAAAGUAGGCUUUAAGCCUACCAUCAUCCGCCAACAAUUGCCAUAUCCCUCAUGCUAG